UUGGGCUGACUUGUGACGAAGACAGCAGUCGACAUUGAAGCUGUCAUCUAUCAGUAUUCAGUUGAAAUCGCAAAGACGUCCGGGACAUUACGAAAGUUUUAGAACUAUUAAUAUAAAACAUAAAACAAAAUGGCUUCUAAUAAUUCGCUUGAUACACUUAUUGUGAAAGCAACGAACCCUCUUGUAGAUCAACCCGACCCCCUGGAUGUUGCUUCAUUUUGCGAAAGGGUAACUCAUGAAUCUGAUGGGCCCCAAGUAGCUGUCAAACUUCUAGCAUACAGAAUUCAUUCCCCUCAAGAGAAGGAAGCACUUAAUGCCUUAGCACUUUUAGAGCAAUGUGUCAAGUCUUGUGGACCUUCAUUUCAUUGUGAAAUUGGCAAAUUCAGGUUCCUCAAUGAAUUGAUUAAACUUGUAUCUCCAAAAUACCAAGCUCACCGAACACCUAUUCAUAUCAAGCAACGUAUUCUUGAAAUCAUCUACUCUUGGACAAUUGACUUAAAAUCAGAACCUAAGAUUGUGGAAGCUUAUGAUAUGUUGAAGAAGCAAGGUGUUAUAAAAGAAAACCCCACUUAUAUUGGAACCAACAACAUUCAGCCUGUUAGCCCUGCGCCAAGGGAAAAGUUACCUUUUUGUGAUAAUACAGAAAAAGAUGCGUUGUUACAAAAACUAUUAAAGAGUAAAGAUCCCGAGGAUCUACAAGCAGCAAAUCGCCUUAUUAAAAGCAUGGUUAGAGAAGAAGAGAAUCGAAUAGAAGCUGCAAGCCGACGACAACUGGAAAUUGAGACGGUUAAUAGCAACAUCCGCUUGCUGGAGGAAUUGUUGGACAAUUUUGAAGCAAAUGGUGCUACAGCUGAGGAAAUGGAACUGUGCAAAGAAUUGGCCAGCAACUGUGAUAAGCUGCGCCCAAACUUGUCAAAACUGGCUACGGAAACUGAUGAUAAAGGAAACACGCUAGCUGAUAUUCUACAAGCAAGUGACGAAUUAAGUCAUGUCCUAGAGCGUUACGAAGUAUUAUUGCGAAAAACCGAACAACCCAUUUCCCAGGCCCUUCCACAAAGAGCAAGCCUUGACCUGCUUGAUCUUGGGCCUGUUGUACAGCCUCAGCUUUCACCUCUGAGCACGCUCGACGAUCAGUUACUAUUAGGGUUGGAUGAUUUCGUCCCUGUGUCACCUUCCCUCAAUCUUUUACAACCCCUUAAACUUGAUGCAAAUGCUUCUGGCUCAACUCCUCAACGUACUCCCAAUGCAAAAAUUGUGGAGGAAGUAACUGCGAAACCACGCGGCCUUGAAGACCUGGAUGUCCUUGGUGAAGCCCUGAUGAAGCAAAAUCUACCCACAAGUGCGAAGCAUCAAUCAAGUUUCCAAAAGUCCGUCGAAAGACUUCCGCUGAAUGAGUUGGCAAGAAAAAAAGUGCAAAAUGAAGGGAAUACUAUCACAGAAAGUAAAACCCCUAACAGUUCAGUUCGAUCAGCAAAUGGUGAAUACGCGCCUCCUUUAACCCCUGCCACACCAUACAUUCCAAUUGAAUUUGAUUUGCUAAUGCAGAACACAUUGUCUGCCCCAGUCAAACCUUUUGUAUCUCCUCACCCUGUUACGCCAAUAGCCGAGGCUUCCAGUGCGUUACUUGUACCAUUGACAGAUACGACGAUGAAACAGUUGGAUGUGUCUGUCAACAAACCGUCCCGGCAAGACAAUGAUGUUUCUAUGUUGGAUACUGGUAUAUCGAGUACCGAAAAUAGCCUUGGAGGUAACGAUGAUGUUCAGCUUCUACAUAGUCCUCCGAUCAACACCGUUGCACCAGCCAUCGCCCCAAGCUUGUCGGAUGUUUCAUUGAAACUGGAAGAGAUUAAGCCCAGUGCUAAGAGCCCAAUAUCCCUUUUGGCUCAAGAGGGUGGAUUGAACAUCAGCUUACACAGUGCAUCCGCUAAUGUUCCAAAGAAUAUUUCCGUAUUUGUGCUAUCUGCCACUAGUCGUAGCGCAUCACCGCUGUCCAAUUUCACUUUUCAAGCGAUAGUACCAAAGGGGAAUCGAGUAAAGCUUCAAUCUCCGUCUGAUAACAAACUACCUGCGUUCAACCCUUUUCUCCCACCACCUGCGAUCACCCAAGUAAUGUUAAUCUCCACCGCCGGCCUGAAUCUCAUCGAGCUUAAGUACGUUGUGAGCUUCGACAUGGACGGUGAAACAUGCACUGAAAUGGGAAGUGUAACAAAUUUAAAUCUUUGUCUCGAUAUAGUUUAGAUCAAAAGAAUUUAUGUUUAAAAUGUUUUUAUAUUAUUUGUAUUUGAAAGCGUAACAAGUAUUUCAAGUUUUUUGCUUAUCGUUUAAAAGUAUCUUUAAAGUAUUCUGUGGCAUUGCGUCAGAAGUUUCUCGUUUCUUACGAUAAAAAAAUUGUUUACUUAACGAGUAGUCGCUGUAGUACAAUUCCUAUUGUUUGCAGACUCGUUGAAAUAAAUGCUACAAGAACGAAAAUUUAAA